AUGCCUCGUCAACAGAUCAACCUAGACCCCUACAAAGACGAAAUCAUAUCCCUGUUCUUCCAUGGAGUCAGUAGUGAAGCAAUCUGCCACACCCUAGAGGGCCACCAUAACAUCCAAGUCAAAGAGCGAACAAUCCAGUCCCGUCUACGCAAGUGGGGUAUCCGCAAACGACAUCAAAAAACAACAAGCGAUGAAGCUCUGCAUUCGCGAAUCAAAAUGCUCUUUAUGGAGGAACGGUUGACUGACAAGGCCAUGCUGAGGGUCUUGCAGCAGGAAGGGUACGGCAUCUCUGAACGGACUCUUCGGCGGCUGCGAUUCAAACUGGGGCUUCAUGCCAGAGCUUCUUCUGAGCAGGUGCAGAGUCAGCAUCAUCAGCAGGAGCAAGAUCCUGGGCCAAUACUUCUGACUAGGGUGGCUCAGCCUGUGCCCCAACAUUGA